AUGGUCGCAUACGGCACAUUCAAGUCGCGCGUCAAGACCAAGGUGGCACAGAUCACCGGGUUUGACGAGGACGCACCAAAGUCGAUCACCGUCAAGAGCUACUUCCAGGAGAACAAGGUCGACUAUGGCCAUGCCAUCCUCAACUACAUCAAUGGCAUCACCGUCGGUCUCGUCCUCGUCCCCCAGUCGCUCUCGUACGCAAAGCUCGCCAACCUCCCCGCCCAGUACGGUCUCUACUCGUCGUUCAUCGGUGUCCUCACCUAUGCUCUAUUGCCACCCUGCCUCGCGUUCAUCUGUGGCUUCAUCGUCCUCGGCAUUGGACUGCUCCGUGUCGGCUGGAUCAUCGAGUUUAUCCCCCAGCCUGCCGUGUCUGGAUUCAUGACCGGUUCCGCGCUCAACAUUGCCGCGGGCCAGGUCCCUGCUCUGCUCGGCACGUCCAAGCUGUUCAACACAAAGGAGGCGACCUACAAGGUCAUCAUCAACAUUCUCAAGCACCUGCCCGACUGCAACCUGGACGCUGCGUUCGGUGUCAGUGCCCUCGCCCUCCUCUACGGCAUCAAGUGGGGACUGGGCUAUGUCCAGAGCCGCUACCCCAAGUACGCUCGCGCCGCCUUCUUUGCCCAGGCCCUGCGUCACGCCUUUGUCAUCAUCAUCUUUACAAUCAUCUCGUGGCGCAUCAACAUCCACCAGAAAACGGCCCGCAUCAACCUCGUCGGCACCGUCCCCUCGGGUCUUGGCGACGUCGGCCAGCCCCUCAUCACCAUGGACCUCCUCGCCGCCCUCGGCCCCCACCUCCCCGUCGCCACGAUCAUUCUCCUGCUCGAGCACAUUUCCAUCGCCAAGUCGUUUGGUCGUCUCAACGGCUACAAGAUUGACCCCAACCAGGAGCUGAUCGCCAUUGGCGUCAACAACACUGUCGGCUCGGUCUUCUCGGCCUACCCCUCGACCGGUUCGUUCUCUCGCUCGGCUCUCAAGUCCAAGUCGGGUGUGCGCACCCCCGCCGCCGGUAUCCCCACCGGUAUCGUCGUCAUCAUUGCCCUCUACGCCGUCGCCCCGGCCUUCUACUGGAUCCCCAACGCCACCCUCGCUGCCCUCAUCAUCCACGCCGUCGCCGACCUGGUCGCCUCGCCCAAGCAGUCGCUCGGUUUCUGGCGCGUCUCGCCCCUCGAGUACAUCAUCUUCGUCGGUGCCGUUCUCUGGUCCAUCUUCUACAGCAUUGAGUCGGGUAUCUACUGGUCGCUCGUCUGCUCUGCCGUCCUCCUGCUCUUCCGCAUCGCCCGCCCCAAGGGCCACUUCCUCGGCCGCGUCCGCAUCCGCACCGACGGCGACAGCACCGACGAGGCCCAGAUCCGCGACGUCUUUGUCCCCAUCGAGGGCCGCGACGGUGUCACCAACGACGACGUCCCUGUCGUGCCCCCUCCCCCCGGAGUCAUCAUCUACCGCUUCGAGGAGUCGUUCCUCUACCCCAACGCCUCGUACAUCAACGACCGUCUCGUCGGCUACGCCAAGGAGCACACCCGCUGCGGCAAGGACUACACCAACGUCAAGGCCGGCGACCGCCCCUGGAACGACCCCGGACCCAAGAAGGGCAGCAAGGAGGACGAAGCCGCCCACGACUCGCACAAGCCCAUCCUCCGCGCCGUCAUCCUCGACUUCUCCGCCGUCGCCAACAUUGACACCACCGGUGUCCAGAACCUCGUCGACGCACGCAAGGAGGUCGAAAAGUGGGCCGACCGCCACGUCGAGUUCCACUUCUCGGGCAUUCUCUCUCCCUGGACUCGCCGCGCCCUCAUUGCUGGCGGCUUUGGCCGCGCCCACGGACCCCACGGCACCGCUCCCGAGGUCGCCCCCGUCGUCGGCUCGUACGGUGUCGGCGGCGACGCCGACCCGGCCAACCAGGCUCCCCCCAGCCCCCGCCUCGACCUCGAGUCGGGCCCCGACUCGGGCUCGGCGUCCACCGAGGAAGGCUCGUUCUUCGACGCCACAAAGGACAAGGAGGCAGCGCUCGAUGCCAGCGGACCAGGCAGCCCCGACGCCACCACCCCGCCCCUCGGCGACGUGCGCCGCACCACCAAGUCGAACGGCUCGUCCCGCUCGUCCCUCACCCUCCUCGACCGCGCCACCCCCUUCUUCCACAUUGACAUUGCCGAUGCCCUCCACAGCAUCCAGCGUCCCGAAAACCACCACCACCACCACCACCACUCGGGUUAG